GUGAUUCUUGGUUGUUGUUUCCCUCUGCUCCCUGUGUACACCAACAAGGCCGAUAUAUGUCCCGGCCGGCCGCAAGGGUCGCAACGUGCUGUUGACUGUCAAUUGUUUAAUUGUGUUACGGAUGUGGCCCUUUCCUUGACUCUCCAGUCAAGAUGAGUGAAAACUCAGUGCGAGAAGCAGACAAGGCGCAGGGCUACAUCGAUGCCUUGGAUAAUGCGCGCAGUGAGGACAAAUGGGGUGAAAUCCCAGAGUUGAUCCGCAAAGUCUCCAAGCAUGCACCGAAUCGGAAGUGCCUGAUCCAAACAGCGAGCGCCGAGAUUCAAGUCGUUGCCUACAUCAGCAAAACGCGGCCAGGCACCGCCAAGGGCCAGCCAGUUCCUAACCAAGUGUCGAAUCUAUCCGAGUUGAUACCACUACUCAUUUCCGCCAUUGAAGAAGGAGAAGGCACCCCACAGGAUAUAUUUCAAGCUCGAGUCUGUUUGGGCUGGAUACAUUGGACAUUAUCAGAGCCCGGACUAGCGGUCGGGCGUCUGCCUAAUGACUUUGAAGAAUCUACAAUCCUUGGUCUCGCGGAAGAGAAGAAGAAAGUCACCAAAUGGUCCGAAAUAUGCAUAGUCAAAGGAGGCUAUAUAAAAUGUGCGGCACAAUCCGUUGUUUCUGGUCCAGAUGACGCCCUGAAAACGGCUUCAUCGAUCUUACCGCGGCUUGCUACGCCGAAUCCAGGAUUAGCCUCAUGUCCUCAGGCUCUUUACUGGUCAGAGAAAUUCCUUUCGAGAACAGCACUGCUUGCCAGCGAACAGGUAGGGGGUAGUGAUGCAUACGACUGUGAUUUCGAGAUAGAAUUAGCUUUGAAAGCUUUCAGGUUAUGGUCAGGGCACCCUUAUGUCAAACGACGAGACAUUACAGCGGGGCACGCGAUAAAUCAGUCUCCUGGGUCAUCAGAGUCUGGAUCCCCAUUUUCUAUGUGGAUGUCGUAUUACAGACUAUUAUCCACAAUACUGCAACACGGAAUGCAAUAUUUCCCUCCUUCGCGUGGGAGCCCCCAUAAUCAACUCGCCGAUGAGCUUCGCCGUGUAGAGACUGUGUGUGAGAGUGCCCUCUUGAGAGAAAUCCGAUUCCCAACUGCAAGUUCUAGCAAUCCUCAAGUCGAGGUAUGGGUUGAGGAGGUAAUUCAUAAUUGGGAGGUCUUGUGUGGUCCCGGUUGGCGAAACGACGAUUUUGGAGAAUCGGUUCAAGAUGCCAUUAGUCGCAACGUACUGGACAUACUCUACCGAGCCGCUACCAAAACUUACCACUCUCAUUUAAUUCUGAAGCGAUUGUUUCAUGUGCAUGCUGCUUUGGCUGAGUUUGAGCUUGCUACAAAGGCACUUGAUACUUACAUCGAGAUUGUGAUUAAUGCAAAAACCAGAGCCGAGAAAGCAGCAGAAAUCGGUGAGCUAGAAAGUGAUGGAAAUCUACUUCAAACUGUUUCAGAAGGCGUGCUUCUACUUUGUUGCUUUGGUGCCGAGGAAGAAGCUCGAAAAGCGAAAGACCUCAUUGUGAUUCUACAGAAAUAUGUCCGAAAAGCCAUUGCCACUGAUCUCAAUACAGCUUACAGCGAUCGGGAAGCGACAUCCUGGGUAUCGCCCAAAGUUAUUGCCUUGGCUUAUAGAGCCAUCGGUAUUGGACUGGGCAACUGGUCCAGAUGGACGCCAGUCAACGAGUCUCGUGAUGAUAUACGAGCGGAGGCUAUUGAAAAUCUCGAGAGAAGUAUUGCGCCAGAAUUCGAAGCGCAAGAUGAUAUUUCUACUCGUUACGCCCUGGCACUUUUAUUAGCGGAGUCACGGGAUUUGGAUAACGCGAUCCUUCACGUGAGGUCAGCUCUUUCUACCAGAAGUAGGCGAACACAAUCGACCAAUAUUUCUGUCGGGUUUGAUGGGACUCCUCUCUCACAGGAACAGGACUCGGUGCCUCUUUGGCAUCUUUUGGCCCUUCUUCUAAGUGCAAAGCAAGAAUUUGACAUUGCCAGUCGCUCAUGCGAAGCUGCUUUUGAUCAGCUACCCUCGACACUCAGUGUAUUUGCUCAUGAUAGUAAACGCAGCCACAACAACAGUCACAAAGAAAGACCAGGCUCUCUGGAGGUAAAACAAAGGAUACUGAAACAUCUUCGCGGCCGCGAAAAAGAGCGCAUCAUCGAGACACAGAUGACACAAGUAGCUCUUAUCGAAGUUGUUGAUGGUCCUGAAGUCGCCGUAAAUCAUACCGAUCAUUUGCUCACUAUGUUCACUUCAUUGUUUGAGGAUUUGGAGCUCGAGGUAACCCCUGAAAAGGUCGAUGUGGCUCAGCAGCGAUUGGGUCCUCCAAAAAGCUCUUCUGGCACUGUGAAGAGCUUCCGGGGUAGUAUUUUCGGCAGGAAAAAGGGGACAAAGGCCGCGGAGCGCACGAACGGAGCUGAAGACAUACCCCCGCUUCCAGGCCAAGAGUCGCUUCCUACCACAGAUGGCGAUGCCCCAUCAACUCAAGUGACCGACGAGGCGUUCACUGGAUCUACCUCUGCUCGACCAGAUGAGCAUCCCAAGCCGCACAGGCAUUAUGCAAAUCAGGAUUUGAAAACAAAUGGGUCAGACAGAGCCACAAACAAUAUACAAUCUACUCCGCAAAGAGAAGAUGUUGGGAAUGGGUACGUCGCUCCCACAAGCGAUAAUAUAGGCAUUGCCAUCAGUGAUGCUCCAGUUCAGCCUUCUAGCGCAACACAAAGUGCAAAACAAACAUUGCCUGCUGUAGCCCACAACUUGGAACACCAGCAAGAACCUCCUCCUGGUGGUCAUCCUAAGCAACCACCAGAACAGGACGUGCGCCUUCCUGUUCCUCAACGCUUCGAAUCUCCAGUAAGAGCUCUUACUAGGUUUCCCACUGCCCAAGCCCAAAAACACGCUCUUUCAAUAUUGGCCAAGGUUUGGCUCCUCAUUGCAGGGUUGUAUCGCCGAGCCUCGCUGUUUGACGAUGCACGUGAAGCUUGUGAGGAAGCAAUCAAACAAGUUGAAAAGUUUGAAGCAUUGGUUGCCGCUCAGGACUCUUCUGCAAAAUCCUUUUCGGAGCGCGUAUGGGGAAUAUCUAAGAGCUCAGAGGAACUCUGGGGAGAUGUGUAUGCUGAGCAAGGGGCUCUUUGUCAGGCUCAAUCGUCGCCGCACGAAGCAAUGGAAUUUUAUGAAGAAGCCGUCGCCCGUGUUCCUAAUCACCCUCGAGCAACAAUUGGACUAUCGAGUCUACUUCUAGAUAUUUGGGACGAAAAGAUUCCUGCCCAGCCACUUCGACCUACGCUUGAUCAUGGGACUUCAACACUUGCAUCUGCUAGGACUACAACACAACCAACCACCAGAAAUGGAUCAAAACGCACAAACGCCGACACGGUGGAAUCUGUCAUUGAGAAUAUUUAUUCUGAAAGGCCGCCUAGUGCCGUGAAAAAAGAUGAAAGGGUCAGGCACAUGAAUCGCUUGGCUGCGCGAGAUCGAGCCUACGGGCUUCUCUCCAUGUUAACCAAGACUGGAAGCUCCUGGGAUAAUUCCGAGGCUUGGUUUACACUAUCUAGAGCUUAUGAAGCGGGCUCACAGAUCGAAAAGACGAAGGAUGUUUUGUGGUGGUGUGUUGAGCUUGAGGACCGGAAGCCGAUUCGGCAUUGGUGGAACGUGGGUAGCGGAAGCUAUGUUCUUUGAGUGUAUUGAUUAUUGUAUAUAGUUGUUGAUAUUUUUCUAUAUAAAACCAACUAUUUCUUUAAAAUUUUU